AUGGGUUGUCAAUCUAGUAAGCAAGGCGAGCAUACAAAGAUAGGAAAAUCGAAACUUGAUGCAAAUGAAAAUGCAAAUGUAGCAAGCCAACCAGCAAUAGAAAAAUUGCCGUUGGAACAAAGUAAUAAAGAAGUACAUGCAGAAAGAGUAACGUUUUCGACCGAGGAACUGAAUGAUGAAAUGGGAAACAGCGCGCUGGAACCGGAAGCCAAUUACAGUGCUGCUCUGAAAGUCAAGACAACUGUAUCACGGAGUAUGGAGCCAAAUGAGGAAGCUAUUAGUAACUGGAAGCAAUCGAGAAGGAACAAACUUCAUAAGCACAGUUUACAACGAAGUCCUGGCAGUAGUAAAGGGCAUAAGCAUUUAGACGAAAAAUUGAACAGGAAAUAUAUGACGAACAAAGGUAGACAGUUACAAAUUCGGACGAAGACAAAACGGAGCCGAGGAAAUCCGGAAGAUGACACACUAUAUGAAGUACCUCUUAAAAUGCCGGAAUUCGACUUGGUACCAUCUCAGUCAGAAGAUAAUGUGGCGUAA